AUCUCGCAGCCUGGUUGACAGAGCCAAAACGGGAGUGUCCUGUUCUAAUUCUAACCCCAGCGGAGCCCGGCUUGGCUGGCCCCAGCGGGCAGGGGCACAGCCUUCCUGUCGCGCCCGUAAAAACUCGGUUUCCCGGGGUGCCGGACGCAACUACGCAAUAACCCUCCCCUCUCCGCAAGGUCUGAUACGAAAAAGGCGACUUGUUCAAUCGAACCAAGCAAACUAUCUCGCCUCCGCCGCCGGCGAGUCCCCUCCUCUCCGGCCGCCGCCGCCGCCGCCGCGGGAGUGGAGAUGAUGGGAUUCCUGGAAGGGCUACGCCUCGACACGCUGCUGAAGCGCGUCUGCAAGUCGCUGCUGAAAAAGCGGCUCGGGGAUCUGAUCCUCGGCGACCUCGACCUCGACCAGUUCGACAUCCAACUCGGCCGCGGCAGGGUGCAGCUCAACGACCUAGCCCUAAACGCCGAGUUCAUAAACCGGAAGUUGUCAGGAUCUCCUAUUAUGCUGAAAGAAGGAUCGAUAAAAUCCUUGAUAGUUAGAUUCACUGGUAGUUGUGAGAUUGUUGUGGAAGAUUUGGAGCUUGUGCUUGCUCCAUCUGUUGCAAGUGAAGUUGCUGAUGUACAUACUGAAUGCUCUGUCUCUGGUAGUCCUAGUGACACACACACAUCAGUCAUGACCGAAAGAUAUGAAUCUGAUAGUAAUCAGUGUUCUACUUCUGUAUCUCGAGAUGUGGAUGAAGGUGUCAAGAGAAUCGCCAAUGCCGUCAAAUGGUUUCUAACAAGUUUUAAUAUCAAGUUAAAGAAUGUAUAUGUUGUAUUUGAUCCUCAAACCAGUUUGGAUAGUAUGCUCCCAGAAAAUAAUCGAUCUCUGGUUUUGCGAAUUAAAGAGUUGGAAUUUGGAACCCAACUUGGUCUGUUUAAACUGAACAACUUUUUAACUUUCCAUGAGGCGGUCAUUGAGAUUUUGAAGAUGGAUGAUGUCGAUGCACUGCUUCAAAAUGAUCCAUUUAGAGGAAUAGCUGACAUUUCAUCACGUCAUAGUAUUACUUCAGUCUUGGCAGGCCCCAUUGGUGGAUUCUCAGGGAAACUCAACUUAAGCAUACCAUGGAAUAAGGGGUGCUUGAACUUUGAGAAAAUUGACGCAGAUGUAUCUGUUGAUUCAUUGGAAUUACGGUUACAAAUCAGCAGUACCCGGUGGAUCAUGAAUGUAUGGGAUUCUCUCCAAAGGAAGAAAGUAGACGAACAGAGUUGUGCACAUAAUGCUGCAGAUAUCUCUAUAAGCUCUUCCAGGUCUGCCUUUUGUUCACCCGCGUCAAGCACAUUGAAAUCAAGUUCAGAUUCUGUGAUAGCCAACAGUGAAUGCUUGGUGCAUAGCACAUUUUCUCAAAGCAGGCAAGGUAAAAUUCAGGAAUCUUUCCUUACAAGGGCACAUGUAAUAACAGAUUGGAUGGAGCCUGCUGCCCGUGCGGAUCAAGGCGAUCCUGAUUCAGAUUGUGAUGAAAGCAUUGAUCAAUUCUUUGAAUGUUUUGAGGAAUUGAGGAACUCUCAGUCUAGUUUAGGGAACAGUGGUAUAUGGGACUGGACUUGUUCAGUAUUCAAUGCCAUAAGUUUUGCAUCAACUUUAGCAUCUGGAUCUGAUCAAGUUCCUAAAGAACCAGUGAUCGAGAAGACCCUACGAGCCUCCAUUACUGAGGUAUCUGUUCUUCUUUUGUUCAGUGAUGACAUGGAUGUCAACAGUUCCAGUGUUCCUAUCAGUGAAUUGGAUGAUAUGAGAAAUUCUCAAAUGUUUUCGAGCUGCCUUUCAUCUGAGCAGUUUGAGAAAUCAGUUAUAUCUCCUGCUACUGCUUCCAGCUUAAAUAUGCAUCAUCUCGAAGCCAAAUGUCAGAAUAUUCAUCUUGACCUACAGACAUAUCCAAAAAAUUUAAGGUUCAAGGCAUCAGUUGCCCAAAUGAAGCUUAAUGAAUACUACCGUGCUGGAAACGAUAGUUCAGAUGAUUCAUACCUUGGUUACCACUUCUUGAAUAAUAAAUUGCGGCAAGGAGUUCAAGCUUCCCUCCCUCAGUGCCUGUUUGCUGCUGGAGAUCAUUUAGUGGAAACCUAUGAACUUUGUAGCAACAGUUCAAGUGAACUGACUAAAGUUGAAUUGUUGAAAACUUUUGGCGAGUGCACAUUCCAUUAUGAUGUCAAUACCAAAGAUCAAGAUGGCAAAUUAGUAAGCUCAACUUCUAUGUCGAUCUGUUUGGCUCCUUUGGUUUUAUGGGUGCACUUCCAUACACUGUACAUGAUGUUGAGUUUUAUUAAUAAAGUUGAGUCUGAUUUGUCACACGAAGAGCAUAGAGCUCAUAUGCAUGGUGAUGAUAAAGGAAGCAGAUUGACUACCAGCACAAAUGUGUCCUCAGGUGGAAGUCUAAAGAUUCAUAUAUCCCUGUCACCUGCAAGAAUCAUCCUUUGCUUUCCAACUGAGUUUUCGUGGGAUUUAAGGCACCCAUCCAUCCUUGAUAAGUUCCUGGUGAUUGACCACACUUCAUGUCUGAACAUGGCAGAAACUGCAUCUCAUCCACAAAAUGAAAUUCAUAAUGAGUUUCAUCUUGGCAAGCUAUGUACCUCAAUCCAUUUGGCUACAGGGAACUUUGACAUUUAUUUGGUUAAACCUGCCAAUGAUGUAUUGGAUGGUAGAGUCUGUUCUUCAAAUAGGAAAACUUUCUCUACAAUGAAGAUUUUUUCUGUUACUGGAACCAGUUAUAAUGACUCUGGCAUCACACUUAUCAGGAGAAAGUAUCCUGUAAUUAGCCCUGAGAUGGUGAGCAAAGCAUGGAGUUUGGCAAAGCUGCAUGAUCAAUUGGUUACUAAAAAACAGAACAGCAAAUGGGCUGGCAUUUCCCCUUCUAUAACACAAGAUCUUGAGGAGACAGGAUCUAGCAUGCGCCAGGAGCUCCUUAAGAGCAGUGAGCUCUUAUUUCAUGUUCAACUUUCUUGUGUCUCAGUACAACUUAGUAAAAAGGAUUGCGAGCUAUUAACUAAGUUGAUAGAUCAUAUCCUUGAUGGGAUAUCAAAUGAAGAAACAAGCACAUCUGGAAAUUGCAAGGACAAAUCUGUUCCAACCAAUGAUAUUUGCAUUCAAACAUCUGUCAUCUUUGAGUGCAGCACCUUGGAAAUUUGCACUGAAUUGGAUGAAACAGUGGAAGUUAGUCCUUUGUUACAGGCAGAACUAGAAGGAUCCUGGAAUUCUCUAAAGUUGAAAGUUUCAAAUUUUUCUCUUUUCUCCUUUUCGAAUGUUGGUGGGUUCAACAGUGCCAGUUUUCUUUGGGUGAAUCAUGGUGAAGGGGAGCUUUGGGGUUCUGUUGGUGUUAAGGAUGAUGAAGCCCCAGGAGAAAGCAAAGAUUUUCUUAUAGUGGUUUGCAAGGACUCCGCCUGCAGGCGUGGUGACGGUGAAGGUACUAAUGUGUUGUCUAUUGGCACUGCUGGCUGUUCUGUGACCCACAUCAGGAACCCAAAGCUAAAAGAGAACUACACUUCUGUUGGUGUUCGUUCUGGUACAAUUGUGGCACCUGGAGGCCGUAUGGAUUGGAUCAAUGCGAUAUGCCUGCUGUUCAGUUCAGGUUCAGAUGGAACUGGAAAGUCAGAUGAUAGUAGCACAGUAAAUAGUUCUCAUUCUGGUGAAUUCUAUCUAUCAUCUUUCUUUCUUGAGCUGGCUGAUGUUGCUGUUAGCUAUGAACCUCACUUCAAAUAUUUCACUCUUGAUGCUGAAGCAGCAGACUGCAAGUUCUUCUCAUGCCUUUUAGCUGCAUCAUCAUUUAAACUUCAUAAUAAAUCAGCAUCAGCCUCUGCAGCUACUGUUUUUGAUAUCCAGUUACGUGAUCUUGGGGUUCUUCUUUCGGAAUCAUCUGGCUCAAAAAAUAUCACUUGUGGUUAUGGUGUAGAUUACCUUCGUCAAGCAGGAUAUGCUAAGGUUGCCCAAAACACAUUAAUUGAAGCUUCUCUAAGAAUCGAUUCAUCGUUUUGGAAACUUGAAAUAUUGGAUUCCCAAUUUGAUAUUGGUACUUGUCAUGAUACAACUUAUGGUCUGAUUCAUUUGGGCUCCCAACUCCAGCAGAUAUAUGGUCCAGAUAUGCGGGAUGCUCUAGAUCAUCUACAAUCUAGGUGGAAUAGUGUCCAACAAGCAAACAAGCAAAAUAUAGCUGCUGAUGCAUCAGACAAAUCUGAGAUCAGUUUGGAGAUUUUGACAGAUUCUGGAGAUUACCAGUCAGAUGGGCUGCUUGAUGAUAUCAUUGAUAAUGCUUUUUACACAGAGGACUACAUGGCCAACAAUUUUUGCGAGAGCAAUUGCUGUGAGACGGAUGAUGGGUUUGAAUUGAAUACUCAAAUACCACAGAGACAAAACUCCUGUGCAGAUCAAAUCAUUGACUCGUAUUAUAUGCCUGAACUUCAUCAAUUGUCAUCAUAUGAAGAGCAAUGUACAUCUGGUGGGGAUGCUCUUAGAACCCUGGAGAAUGAAGAUGGGGGAUGGUAUAACAAUGUUCCCUUAACAAUAGUUGAGAACCAUGUUUCGAAAAAGAAAAGCAAACAAGGAGAACAAAUACUUCAACAAGAAGUGAAGGCAUCUUUUUGUGUCCCGGAUACUGAUGAAUCUUGUAAUCUUAAAGGAAAGGUUCUUAUUCAUGAUAUAGAUGUCAAGUGGCGGAUGUAUGCUGGAGGUGACUGGUUACCUCAGAAAGAUUCAACUAGCCUCACAUGCACAGAGGGCAGAGAUAGGAGCUCUUCUUUGGAGUUUACCCUGACAGGGCUCAGUAUCCAACUUGACAUGUAUCCAGAUGGGGAUAUUUCUAUAUCUAAGCUAUCCGUUGCUGCUCAGGACUUGAGUCUUUGUGAUCAAAGUAUCCAUGCUCCCUGGAAACUGGUUCUUGGAUGUUACGACUCAAAGGAUUACCCAAGAGAAUCUUGCUCCAGUAUAUUCAGGUUUGAACUGGAGUCUGUAAGGCCCGAACCACAUGCUCCUUUGGAAGACUACAGGCUUCAUCUCGAGAUUUUACCUCUGCAGCUGCAUCUUGAUCAAGGGCAACUUAACUUCCUAAUCAAUUUCUUCCAGAAUGAUUCAUGUAACAAUGACCCUCAUUUGCAUUGCGAAAAAGAGAUUGUUGAUGUGAAAAGCACGAGCUAUGGAAGCAAUACAGUUGUGGAUGAGGCAUUACUUCCUUUCUUUCAGAAAUUUGAUGUAAAGCCGCUUGUUCUGCACAUUAAUUAUAUACCUCGGCAGUUUGAUCCCAUUGCACUAGGCAAAGGAAAUUAUGCAGAACUUCUCAACAUUCUUCCGUGGAAGGGAAUUGAUUUGAAGCUCAAGCAUGUUUCAGCAAUGGGUGUUUACGGAUGGAACAGCAUAUGUGAUACAGUAGCUGCAGAAUGGUUGGAGGACGUUUCUAAAAACCAGGUUCACAAAUUGUUAAAAGGGCUUCCUCCAAUAAGAUCACUAGUUGCUGUCAGUUCAGGGACUAAGAAGUUGGUAUCUUUGCCCAUCAAAAGCUACAAGAAAGACCGGAAGUUGCUCAAGGGAAUGCAAAGAGGUGCAGUUGCUUUUAUAAGGAGUGUUUCCAUUGAAGCAGUAGGGCUUGGUGUCCAUUUGGCUGCGGGAGCUCAUGAUAUGCUUGUGAAGACAGAGCGUGCUCUUACAGCUGUUCCACCAUCUUUAGCCUCAUGUGAAGCAAAACGAACAAAACACAACAUAAGAGCUAACCAGCCUGAAAGUGCACAACAAGGGAUAAAACAGGCCUAUGAAAGUUUAACUGAUGGAUUUGGAAGGACUGCCUCUGCUUUGAUCGCCAAUCCUAUUAAAGUUUAUAACCGGGCUGGUCCUGGAUCAGCCCUGGCUACUGCAAUUUGUGGAGCACCAGCUGCUGCAGUAGCUCCAGUAUCGGCAUCUGCGCGUGCUGUCCAUUGUGCACUUGUUGGGCUUAGGAACAGUCUUGAUCCUGAGCACAAGAAAGAAUCCAUGUACAAAUACAAUGGACCUUCGCAAUUGUAGACUUCAUUCAGAAGAAGAGGUGCCCCUUCAUUCUUUUGCACGCCUUACGUCAUCUCUAUCUUGGACGAACUGGUUGGGGAGCACCUGUGCUGCAGUCUCGUCCAGUGGUGAGAGGCAAACUGUACAGUGUGUACAGAUCGUUGGACAGAUUAGAUGUGCCGUCAAACCCUUCCACACCUUGUAAUUUAAACACAGGAGGGUCGUAAUUACCUCUCGCCGUUUCAAUUGCCUAGGCUGGUGGAAGUUUUGUAACACCCCUUUUCGGUAGCUGGGGAAGGACCUGGGGCCGGCAUGACUGGCCCCACUACUGUACAUAUAUGGUUGCCCUGUGAGUUGAGUGCAUGUAAAUAUCUCUUUUGCUUCGGUUGUUACUUUUGAGUGUGCCUGGUAGGUUGCCAAACCGCUGACAAUAAGUUCUCACUUUUGCAAGUGUAAAUAUUACCAUCAGUUUUACACUAAGUGCAUGUAAAUAUCAGAUCUUAAGGAUCUGCUUUGUUGCGUC